AUGGUCCGGGUCGCAUCAAUCCAUCAAGCAGCGACCGUCGUCCGCUUUGCCUCACACCACGAGAUCCCCUUCACAACCCGGGGAGGCGGAUACUCGACCAGCGGCGCAUCGAUAACCUAUGGCGGAAUCGUCCUCGACCUCUCCAAGCUCCGAGCUGUCCACGUCUUUCCCGAUUCCCAAACCGUCACGGUCGAGGGCGGAGCAGUCUGGGCCGAUGUCGACGUCGCCGCCGCGCAGCACCAGCUCAUCGUGGUGGGAAGCACACUGAACCAAAUCGGCGUCGCGGGAGCAACACUGGGAGGCGGGUACGGGUGGUUAACGGGCCAGUAUGGCCUCGUGAUUGACAACCUUCUCUGGGCGAAGAUGAUCCUGGCCGAUGGGUCGAUCGUCACGGCGUCGGAGACGGCCCACAGAGACCUGUUUUGGGGAGUCCGAGGCGCAGGCCAGUGUUUUGGGGUCGCUGUAGAGUUGGGGUUUCGUGCGCAUCGCCAGGAGAACCAUGUGUUUGCGGGCACUCUUUGCUUCUCGCCGGACAAGCUGCCGCAAAUUGUUGCUUUUGCUAAUCAUUUUGAGACUGUGACCGACGGCAAGCAGGGGUUUUGGUUUGGGUUCACGAUGCAAGACUCCAUGGCCCAGUGUUCCAUCUUAGUGGUGCUGUUCUACAAUGGAUCCGAGAGCGAGGCGAGACAAUUCUUCUCGCCAGUGCUGUCGCUGGAGCCGGCGAUGGAUAGAACGCAGAUGCUUCCAUACGAUGGUCUCAACGAGAUACUAAACACCACGGACGUCACCACUCGCCGCGACAGGCUUUCCAAGAUUGAUAUUACCUAUCCCGACAAGAGUGUGGGGUUCCGGAAGAGUCUGCGCGGUUCAAACAUCACUCUGCCUCUCGAUGUCGAUUUCGUGCGAUUAAUCUAUGACGAGUUCAAUGCUGUGUUGACAGACCACCCCCAGGCGCGAGACAGCAGGAUCCUCUUUGAACUUCUUCCCAACAGACAGAUAACGAAAGUUGCCAACAGCGCUACGGCGUUUGCUAGUCGUGGUCCGUAUUACAAUGUCAGCUCGCUUUUUGAGUGGACUGAGGCACACCUGGACAACGAGAUACGCUCACUGCAACAGAGCUUGAUGGACAGGAUCGGGAGAUGUGCCGGUAUCACGAGACAGCCUGGCUAUAAUCCUUCAACCCAUGGGACAGGACUAUAUGCGAAUUAUGCCGGCCGUGACGUCCCUGUCGGGGAGAUAUUUGGAGACAAUCUUUCUCGUCUUCGGAGACUGAAGGAGAAAUAUGAUGCGCAUAAUAUCUUCAGGAAGUGGCACAACCUUAACAAGCAUGAUCCUCCGGCUUGA